GUGUAGCCUUAAAGGAAGUGGAUUUUUUUUACAUUUUAUUUGAUUUUAUUUAGUUUUUUAUUGGAUUAAUAUUUUUUGUAGAUGAAUAACGCGUGAAAUUUAGGACAAAAUAUAUCAUUUUUUCGAAAUUAAAACGAGGAUCAUUUAGUUUGUUUUUGAACCGACACAUAGAUUUGACCAAUCAACCGUGAGCUCUCUUUUAUGACAGCCAAUCAGAUGCGUCGUUCCAACAGAAGGCAGUGGGACGUCAAGUUCGCGGGAUAUGAUGAUGAUGCAUGUUACUUUCACGUUGUUGCUGUACUCACGUUCAAAUGAAUAGUUGCUAAUAUCAAUCAUUUUACGCAAAUUAUAAUGGCUGAUAUUUUAGGAGUCGUUUUUAGACGAUUUGCAUCAGGAAGUGUAACGAGUGAUUUACCGUUUCCCUCUAGUGUAGAAAGCAACACGUUAGUGAUUGGGGACGCGAACAUCAGUAGAUCAGUGUUAUUUCUAGCCGCGGUCACAGCUGCCACAGAUCUGGGGCUCAAAGUGCUGUUUUUCACACAGACUCCAUUUCAGUCUCUGCCGGUUUCUCUGAGGGCUUCAGUUCCUGGACUAAAACUAGAGAGUCUGAAGAAUGUGAAGUUUGUGUAUGUGAAGACUUUGAAGGAGCUCGUUGAGGAUGUGGCGUCCCUUCAUGAGCUGGCGUCCGAGGCCGCGUCUCCUCCAUCUCUGAUCAUUGUGGAUGGUCUGGAGCGGUAUUUACACGGGCCUCAAGGCGGACUGCUACAGGACGACCUGGGCCCUGUGGCCCAUGUGGCGGCCCUCCUGCAUGACACCGCUGCUUUUCUGACACAGAUCCAGCAGAACAGAGCAGAUGGACAGGGCCUGUGCAGGGUCAUGGUCUCCUUUCAGAGUGAAUGUGAAGGCAGCCGGGACAGUGAAGCCCCUGAUCUUCUCCUUUCUGUACUGGACCGUUACCUGCAGGUGAGGUGCACCUUGGAGGAAAUGGCGGGGCAGAACGAGUGGCAGGUGUAUUUGUCAGGCACAUGUCCUUCAUUGGGCCAUCAGGGACAGCAGUGGCACAUGGUGCUGCAGACAGGAGGUGCUGUGGAGUUUCGUCCAGUCAUCAUUGGAGAACAGCAGAUUCUGAACCAGCAGGACAAAAGCAGACAGGAAAAUGAGAGACGUGAAGAUGGAAAAUAAAAUGUUAAUAUUCCAAUGUACUGUAACUUAUUUUUAUUUCUCAGUUCAACCGGCUGUACUUGAUUUAUAGGAAUGUUGGUGUUUACUUGUAAUGUUGACAAAGUAACAAACUUUGACUAAAUACAGAUACAUUCAAAUAGUUUCUAAAGUUUGAAAAGAAAAUGUCAGCAUUAAUUUGUUAUUAAACAACUAUGUUUUUUUA